UCACAUGAUUGUGAAUUCUAGAUUGAACGGCUACGUUUUAUCGUUGUGAAGUACUGUAGUACAAUCUAACGCAGUGUGCGCAUGAGCUUCCAAGAAUGAGUGAGAGAGACAUCAAAAGAUUGAAUGAUAGACUACUGAGGGCUGUGUUGAGCGAGUCACGUGAUGAGGUUGAAAGUCUAUUGAACCAAGGAGCUGAAGUAGAUGCGUGUGAUGAAUGUGGAUGGACUGCACUGAUAGAAGCUUGUAGGAAUGGCUCCAAGUCAUUAGUUGAGCUUUUGUUGUCAAGAGGAGCAGAUAUCAACAGAACUGAUAAACUGGGUCACACUGCUCUAGUGGACGCUGCAUGGCGAGGUUAUGAUGAAAUCAUUGAUAUUCUAUUAACAGAAAAAGCAAAUGUUAAACACAAGGAUAUGUUUGGUAGGACUGCAUUUGAUUUUGCUAUGAUGAAUGGUCACAUGUCAACAGCUGGUCGGUUGGUGUUGGCAAGUAAAAGAGUUGAAGAUCUUACAGUUGAGACUAGUUCUCUCGUGUUCCAUUGGGCAUGUAAGAACAAGAAAGUUGAUAUUGCAAGAGAUAUUGUGGAAUGUCACGGAACAAAAUGGAAGGGCGACGUAGGGAUUUGUCAACUUGUUGUGAUUGUGUCAUUGAGUCGUGUGUGAACAGUAUGGUCGUGUUGCAUUGGAUAUUGUGGCUGUUUAUGACAACGUGGACAUUGCUGACAUCAUCCUGAAGGGAAGACUGCCAGACGGCAAUGAUGU